AUAAUUAGGACAUUAUCUAGUUACCUACUCUUGUUUUCAUAAAUCAUUAACUAAGCUUGCUUAGAUAAAAAGUUUAUAAUUUAAAAUUGUGAUGGAUUUUAUAGAUAUUUCAAGCACAAUUUUAACAAUUUGCGUAAUUCUAAUAGCGAGUAGUAAAAGAUCUGAAAAGGAUUUAAAGUUAUCAUUGAAUCCUGUAGAACUUCUAGAUCUCAUAAUAGAAGAACAGAUGAAACAGAAUACGGCGCCAGCGAAACAUCACAAAUGUAAACUCAAAUUUGAUAAACACUUAUUAGACACCGAGGAAAUGGAAAUAACUACAACCAUAAAAGAAUCGGAUAAUUCUAAGAAUAUUGGACAAUCUAUUAUUAAAGAUGAGAAAACUUUGCCGACGAAUGGAACAGAAACAGGAGUGAUUGAUGCAAAUAUAUUAAAUUCUCUAUGGAGUAAUCGUUUACCUUUUCAACAACAACAAUAUGUGCACGAUUUCAGUGCAAACCACGUAAAAAUACCACCACGCCUAACGCGACUGACGAAGGCACUCUUGGGUGACUUUGAUCCUUUUUUUCAAAAGAGUUAUUUCGAGCCUUUUGAAAAUAGACCGAAACCAGUGACUUUGGUAGCAUUCAGGAAAAAUGGUUUACUCUCACGAAGGAGCAUAAAGGUGGUUGACAGUAAAUCAUCAGAAGUUGCAGAGCUCCAAUCUCCAUACAAUGACGUAAGCAGCUUCUGGCUCGACGAACCUGGCCAAUCUUAAAUUUCAA